AUGGCUUCCAAUCUUCUCAAGAUUCAUCUACGAACCAUUGAAACUGCGAAGCCAUCAAUCCCAUUUCCUCACUCCAAAGCCCACUUUCCGUUUCUCCCAUUUCAUUCACAUCAACUUUCUCAUUCCCGUAUCCAUGUCUCCUUUUCUCCAAUUCUGCCCCGUAAACCCAUAUCCGUCCGCUCGUCCCUGUCCUCUUCCACCCCACCCACUUCAAAAGAAGAAGCCAUCCUCCAGGCCAAAACCUGCCUCUCAUCCACCUUAGAAAAGCCCCUCAACAACCCCAAACUCGUCGGUAAAUUCAAGAAGAUAAAGCAACCCAGGUUCCGACUCGAAAUUCCGGUCAUUGACGACUCGCCCGCAUCGCUUUCGCAACUCGCUCUCGAUGUCUUUCAGGACUUGCCCAUUAAAAGAAAAGGCUCUCCUGUUAAGUUGCUACUCCUAUGGCCUAACGUUACCUUAAGAGAAGGUGCAAUGGAAGCCUUCGGAAUUCAGUCUUCCAGCCAAAUUGAACAUACGGACAUUUCUUCAUUGAAGACCGAAAAUGGUGAUACCAGAAUCUUGAGUUCUGCCGAUGUGGCAGUUUUUUUGGUGCCAGAGGCUUCACAGUUGGAAGUUAUAAAAGCCGUUACUGACAGUUCGUAUCCUAAGCCGGUGGUGAUUUUCAACCCCAAAUGGGUGUUUGAGGAGGAAAGCAAUUUUGGUGAGCUGGGUGGCUUCGUGGGGUCAUUCGAAGUGAUAUAUUCAUUCAUGGGGUUGGAGGUUAGAGGGCUUUUGAGUAGGAGGAAGGGAGUGGUUUUCAAGUGCGUGAGGGAUGGGGUUGUGAGUGGUGAGAGAUGGACGGUUCUUGUUGAAGAAGAAACUGGGGAACUGAAAGUGAUCUCGAGGUUCAAGACACGGCCAUCGAUCACCGAAGUUGAGAAUGUUCUGUACAAUUUAAUGGCAAUCAAUUCGCCCAUCACGAAAUCUGCAAAGUUCUUAAAGGAUUUGGUGUCAAAUGUAACUGGGAAAAAAGCAAGUUAAAGCAACUGAUCUGAUUUUGAUCUCGAUUUUGAUUAUCUAGAGGCAAGCUUUCCGUUGAAAUGCCUGAAAGAAACCGGUUGUAAUCUUUACUGACAUUAGAUAUGUCAAGUCUGUGAUAUAAAAAUCCCUGCUCGGUGUAUGAAAAAGACGGGGCUUAUUUAAUACAAAAUUAUGAGAUUGUAUUUCUGGUAA